AUGGACGCAGACAAGAAAAUUCCCGUCGGCGAGAUUGGCGAUGGUCAUUCCUGUGCCGAAGGCCAAAUCGACAUUGGCGACACUCAGUUUGCAGGCGAGCGCAGGCCUGAGUCUCUGGCAAACCUGGGAGAUCAUGAGAUUGCAAGCCUCAACAAGAAGCUUGUCCGCAAGAUCGACCUGCUCAUCCUCCCGCCAAUCGGUAUACUGUAUAUUCUCAACUAUAUCGACCGUCAAAACCUCUCGGCUGCGAAACUGCAAGGCAUUACCGAUGAUCUCAACAUGACCACUGAGCAGUUCGCCACGGCAAUCUCAAUUCUAUUCGUCGGCUACCUUCCCUUCCAAAUCCCUAGCAACCUCAUCAUCACAAAGAUCUCUCGACCAGGAUUGUACAUAUGCACGGCUGUUGUCAUUUGGGGUGCGAUAUCUGCUGCCACGGCUGCCGUGCACAGCUACGGACAACUUCUUGCUGUUCGGGCCAUUCUUGGAGCGGUUGAAGCGGUCUUCUUCCCUGGUGCUAUCUACUAUUUGUCCGCCUGGUACACAAAGAAAGAACUCGGAAAGCGUCUUGCCGGUCUCUACAUUGCACAGCAAGUUGGUAACGCCUUUGGUGGACUAUUUGCCGCAGCCAUCCUACAACUCGACGGAACACAUGAUAUAAGGGGUUGGAGAUGGCUGUUUAUCAUUGAGGGCACUGCUACAGUCGGCAUCGGUGCUAUCUGUGCUCUCAUCAUGCCCGAAUUCCCACAUAACAGCCGUGUGCUCUCACAAACUCAGCGCGACCUGGCCGUGUGGCGUGUCGAGUCUGAAGCUGGAGCAGCUGAAGGCAACGAGGGCGAGGGCACGAUGAGCGGCUUUGUAAAAGCCCUUUCUGACCCCAAGCUACUCCUUCUCAUCUUCUGCAACCUGCUCUCACAAGGACAAGGCUCCAUUGCGAACUUCUUUCCCACACUUGUUGGUGCCCUUGGCUAUUCUCGGACCAUCAGCCUGCUUCUUACCGCCCCCCCUUACAUCCUCGCUGGCUUUGUCUACUAUGGCAUCACUUUCUACUCCGACCGCAAGAAUACGGUGUACCCCAUUAUUCUUGGCUGCAUCGCCAUUGCAGCAGCCAUGUACAUCAUCCCGAUGGCAACGGACAACGUCGGUGCACGCUACUUCUCCAUGAUGAUCCUGCCCUUCGCUUCCGUCGGCCCUCAGAUCCUCCUUUACAAGACGAUGAACCUUCAUCUCGCGCGUCCCGUCUCCAAGCGCGCAGCAGCCUCUGCUCUGAUUAACGCCAUCGGCGGUACCUCCAACAUCUGGACCUCAUAUCUCUACUACGCGCCUCCUCGCUUUUACGCUGCUUUCGGUGCCCUUAUGGGCUGUGCCAUCUUGUUUGCGGUCACCAUCAGCGUCUACCGCCGGCUGGUACUUCGAGAGAACAGGCGUCUGGACUCGGGAGACCCUGCCGAGAUUGCCAAAGCUAUUAAGGGAGGUGUCACUGAGGAGAUGGUUUCGCUUGAUUGGCGGUAUGAGAUGUAUUAA